AUGAAGCUCAUGUCCUUAUCGUCGGUCUGUGGCAUUGUUUUCCUGUGUUACAUUUUACAUUCCACGUAUACACUUUACAUGCUGUUUCGGGCACCGCAAUGUACUGAUACGCCCUGUUACCGGUCUCAGCUGACCAAGGGCAAGUUCCUGCAGCUUUCACUGUACACUUCCGCGCUUGCAAACCCUUCCAGUGCAGCAAAAGUGGCCAAGCUCGGUACCAUCAAUCCGUUCGAUCCGUUUAUUGAGCUUGAUAAAUCCUACACGAUCAAUUUGCCCAAAGAGACGCGUUCCAAUGGUACGCUUUACAUGUUUGCGGUACUGACGAAGAGUGCCAAAUCGUUGGACUGGGACUCGGUAAGAAGCCAGAGCACAUCGGUGAUCAAAAAGUUUGCCUUGACGCACUAUAUGCUACCAAAAGCAGCUGCAAUCAAUUUGCUUAACGACAAGAGUACGACAAAACGGCCUAGUAAAUCCAUGAAUCAAAAACGAGUCGCCCACAUCCGGCAAAAUGUGUUCAUACACAUCAUUACGGAACAGUUUUCUGUGUCUCCAAGGGAUGUACCAGCGGAACUGGCACGAGACAUUCGCAUCACUCCGGACAAUUUGGUAAUGCCAAUAAUACGAAAUGAUUUCGCCAAAGAAAAGCUAGCCGAUCUGGUGGAAAUCGACCCGAAAACAACGGAAGCCACCGUAACAAUACAUUACGCGCCCAGUUCGGUUGGCAAGAUCAAGAUGUUGGCACAGAUCGAACGGGCUAUGUCGGACCUAACGAGGUUUGGUUUUAGCGAGAAAGAUAUCGAUGAGGUGAAAUCAAUUUUCUCCGACACGAAUGUUUAUUUACUUUGUGGAACAAUCAUCAUCAGCAGUGUCCACCUCCUGAUAGAUUUCCUUUCGUUCAAAAAUGAUAUUCUGUUCUGGAAGCACAAACGUACCUAUGCCGGGCUAUCGAUGCGAAGUACACUAUGGCGAACAUUCAGCCACAUAAUAAUAUUCUUGUAUCUGAUGGAUGAAGAAACCUCACUGCUCAUUCUGAUACCAACGGGCAUUGGAACGCUGAUCGAGGUGUGGAAGGCGAAGAAAAUCCUAAAGCUCGAUAUUAGUUUGCGCCAAGGCAUUCGGUUCCGAUCGAGCGAAGAAGACACGGAUGUGUCGAGCGAUAUUCAAACGCAGGAAAACAAUACGCAGGAGCUGGACAAGGAAGCGAUGCGGUAUUUAAGCUUUGUACUGUACCCGUUGUGUAUUGCUGGAGCUGUUUACUCGUUACUGUAUCUUCCCCACAAGAGUUGGUAUUCGUGGACAAUCAGCUCAAUGGCAAACGGAGUGUAUGCAUUCGGGUUCCUGUUUAUGCUGCCCCAACUGUUCAUCAACUACAAGCUGAAAUCGGUCGCCGCUCUUCCGUGGCGUGUGUUCAUGUACAAAUCGUUCAACACUUUCAUUGAUGACGUGUUUGCCUUCAUCAUAACGAUGCCGACCGCUCACCGGUUUGCCUGCUUCCGGGAUGAUAUCGUGUUUCUGGUCUAUCUCUACCAACGAUGGUUGUAUCCUGUCGAUAAAACACGCAUCGAUGAAGACGAACGCGCUCUUAUGGGCAAAGAGGAAAAUUCAACCGACGCUCAUGAGGAUCGACAGCAGUUGAAAAAGCUUGACGCUAAAGAAAAUAAGAAAGAUAAUUAA